CAGAAGUAAAAACAACCUCACCUCACUUCGCAGCCGGAACAAGUGGCGGUUGUUAACCAAGUUCGAGUGCUACUCAACCCUGUGUUGCCCAGGUGAACUAUCCCUUUACCGCGGGACAUCUGACCACUUGUGGCACCAUGGAAGAAGGCGCGACCCACGCUGAGGCCAGCAGCAUCUCAGGCAGCACCCACACCAUCCCACAGCAGCAGCCAGAAAACACGGAGAUGCUGAUACCGAGCUUCAGCCCGGCCUCCGCCCCGUCCUCCCCAACCCCGACUGGCACCCUCUCCCGACUCGGCCUGAAAAGUCCCACCACCAACGCCGCCGCGGUGCCACCUGGCAGCCCGGUGGACCGCGGCCAGGUGAGCGCCAUUACCGUGGUGGCGCUGCUGGACAAGCUGGUCAACAUGAUGGAGGCUGUGCAAGAGAACCAGCAUCGCAUGGAGCAGCGGCAGGCCGACCUGGAGGGCGUCGUGCGGGUGGUGCAAGGGGACGUGAGCCGACUGUCCAAGACCCACACCGGCACGUCGAACUGCGUGAGCAAGCUGCUCGAGCGCUCCCGCAAGGUGAACGGCCACGUGAAGGACGUGAAGGAGCGGCUGGACAAACAGGCGGUGCAGGUGAAGAAGCUGGAGGCCAACCACAGCCAUCUUCUCAAGAGGAACCACUUCAAAGUUCUCAUCUUCCAGGAAGACAACGAGAUCCCCACCAGUGUGUCGGUGAAGGACUCCCUCAAGACCCCACUACCAAGCCAGUAUGAUGCCGAAUCCACCCAUCCUACUCCAUCCAUUGCAGGCUCCAUUGAUGGUAGCCGUGGCCACGACGAGGGCCUCCAGACCAUUAGCCUGUCCUCGGAUGACGAUGAUCAUCUUACAGCACACCAGGAGGAGGAAGAGAUGCUGGCUGAAGGCGAACUGGGCCUGGGCACUUCCCGCCCCCUUGAGAGAAGAGCAGACAAGUUCAAGCGCAACAGCCUCAAGAAGGUCGACAGCCUCAAGAAGGCCUUCUCGCGCCAGAGCAUUGAGAAGAAGAUGACCCAGAUCACCACCAAGAUUGUGCCUCCAGAGAAACGUGACAAACUCAUGAAGAGUCUCACCCCUAACCACCCCAAAAGCCCCACUGCCAAAUCCUCCUCAUUCAAGGUGUCUCCCAUGACCUUCAAUGUAAAGAAGGCCAGAAAUGGGGAGGGGUCCACAGAAGAAAAGCUUUCACCUGUGGAAGGAGCCCAUGUGGAGAUUCCUUCUCUGGGAGGCUUGGAUGUUGAGGUUCCCGUGGCGGAGGUGCAUACCUACGGAGUGGAGGAGAUUCGGGAGGAGAUUCAGGAGGCGCUAAGUCCUACCACCCCAGACAGCACAAAAGCAGAGCUGGCCGUCAAUGGAAAGACACCCGCCAUUGAGUGUGAAGUGAAUGGUGAUCAUUCUGCUGGCCUGGCAGAGCCAGAACACGAUGAAGAUAUUGGCGAGGAAGAAGAGGAUGAGGAAGAAGAAGAGAAGCACAAAACUCCCGUUGUUGAGGCGGCAGCCGAUGCCCAGAUUCCUACAGCAAAAGCUGCUGUGGAGCAAGUGUCUUAAUAUAAUUAGAGUAUUUUUUUGAGCAUCAGUUUUAAUUUCACAUUCUUUCUUUUCUUCCUCAAGUUUUUGCUUUUAACACCCAACAGUCUUUUGUCGUUGUCAUAAGUAAACAUACAACCUAGAAACGUACUGGUAGUCCCUUUUAGUCAGACCGUCCUUGGACCUUUCCUACAACACUUCAUUUGAUUAUCUUCAGGAUAGUUUAAAAAACCUUAAAGUGUCGCUCACUCUCCCUUUGUUCGCCCAUGGUGCCUGAUGUAAAACAGGUUCCACCCUUUUCUACCAGAAGAAGUCCCCAAAAAACUGAUAUUGACACGGCUCCACAAAAUUGUUAGUCCAAAGGUUUGAUCCACUGACGACAGAGGCUGCCGUUGCAAAUAAUUCUCAUCCACAACGUGUGAGAAAACGUAAGAUCUAAUGACUUAAAAAGGAAGCAAGCAAGGCACCCCGCGUUCUGUCAGCCACAACUAAUUUCCAAUGGAAAUAACCCCAAUUUCUGCUAUGCUAGGUCCAUUAACAGCUGGCAUGGAGUGUGGACUAUGUGACACUUGGACCUCAAACCUGUUGAAAUGUGGGCCAAGUCUGUAUCUGACUGCACUACCGACGUAUUCCUUAACGCUCGAUUUGGGUUGUCCAAGGAAAGCAAUGUUGUGUCAGUGCGCCAUAACUCACUCCCAUCAACUGAUGCCCACCGCUAGAGCGUCGGCACAUCUCCUCGGUUGUGAGCCAACUAUCUCCCUCCUGCUGUGUGUGUGUGUGUGUGUGUGUGUGUGUGUGUGUCUGCCUCUGGACCUCCCUUCUCCUCUGAAAAACGGUCUCUUUGUUCUUUUUUGUGAAAAUAGUAAAUCUCCAGCAACAGUGGUGCUGCCCUUAGCCUAUUGAGGCACUGUGUUGCCAGGUUGUGCAAGAGCUAAAAGGGGGGCAGUUUCUAGGUUUUCAGUGAAAAUGUGCUUGGGUGUUUUUCAUAGUGAACUUGAGGUUGUUUACAGAAUUAUUUGGAAAAAAACACAUGCCUGUGUCUUGUUCUACAUAAAAAGAAAAUAUACAGUAAUAAUUUGGGAUUGCCAGUUGACCUCAAGUAAUGAUUAACAUUAUGAUUUAAAAAAAAAAAAAAAAAGUAGAAUACAACAAUUUCAUAUAGUGGAAAUAACUUUAGAUUUUAUGACUUAUUUGAUAUGAAAAUGAAAACAAACUGCUCAGUAUGUUUGAAUUCAGUCCCACUAAUGAAGGACACGGCGACAAAGACACUUCUUUACAUGGAGUGAAAAAAUGUAUUACUGGCACAAUUAACCUGAAUGUCAACUCCAUAAUUGUAUGUUUAUGUUUGACUUUUAACUGCCCUGAGUACUUUAACUCUAAAUGUACAUACAGAUAUUUUUCGAAACUAUAUAAUACUUGGGUGUAAUAAGUCAUCACUUACUUUCAGGCUUGUAUAACUUGCAUGAGGGAAACUUAGCUCAGUUCUUGCAUGGAUAAGACCAACACCAUCUCGCAUACGUUUACACACAUACUUCUAAAGUGCCUCUACCUUUGCACAGGCUGUUAUGAGAAAUAGCUCUAAAUUGAUGGAACAGAUUCCUGUGUUUAUUAUAAAUAAGUGAUAGUAAAGCGUGCGUGAAGUCUGAGGAAUUCCUCGCAGCUAUCACUUUAAACCACUUUUUUUUUGGAGUUGCAUUAAAAUAUUUUUCCCCACCAUCAGCUCCAUGUUUUGGAAGCAGCACCUGAAAGUGACCUUCUUAUUGUUGCACGUCGUCAGUGCUUUAUCAGCCUUUGGUACAGAUUCCUAAUGUCACGACUUCCUAAAAAUAAUGCAGCAACCGAUACCAGCGGGGGCCAAUGAUCCAGGCACGAGAGAGAGAGAGGUCACGGAAGUGCAUAACAGCAUUCCAAGGUUUGACGGAUGACUACUGCUCAGCCUAUUUUUCAUGCUGUUGACCUGCUUGCAAGUGCAAAGGGAAGGCGAUGGUCUCUGGAGCCACAGGUGCUCUGCCUGUUUCGAGGCUCUUGGGCGUGCGAUGUAGUGGGAGGUGUGGGUGUUGGGAAGUUUAGGGGAAAAAAGGAUUCCAGAUCAGGAACGUAAACCCGUGUCUUAGUGUUGCUUACAGUAUGUGCAGCUUGACAAUUUAAAUCACUUUUAGUGCAUAGAUGUGCCUGGCACUGGCACUGCACCUCCUUUAAUACUGUGUUCUAAUGAGAUAGAGCAAUAGAUUAUUUACUGCAGUCAAAAUGUGCCCAGAAUAUUUGAUUAUGUCUAAAGUAUGCGAGACAGUUACGUUUUUUAGGAUUUAAGUCAACCUUGUGCCUUGAAAUGUACAUCAGUGUGACAUAGUUCAAACUGCUUGUGGGAGUUUGUUUUUGGUGGUUUGAGGAAAUGAGGAUGAUGUUAAUCCUUUCCUGUUUAUGGCUGUAGUUUAGGCACAAAAGGCCUUUCGUCAAGAUUAGGGCUUUUAUCUCACAGUGUCGACAUUCUUUCCAUACAAAACACACAGAGUGGCAAUGGUAAAGGUUUUAGACGCAUCAUAUUUCCUCAUAACGUCGGAAAAUCUAAUAAAACAACCGGUCGUGCAGCAUUUUAACACACUGGAUUAGUAUGUUCACCAUGACGGGUACACCUUGUGGUCUCAAACGGUCGUCAACUGCUUGUCAAAUGUUUAUUCCCUUUUGUUAUACGCCGCUACUUCCUCGCUAACUCGUGUAUGAUCAGCGUUUCUAUUGGUGAUACAUAAAACUAUAAAAUAUGUUCCUUAAGAAACAUAGUUUUACAGUUUAGCUGUGUGGAAACAAUUUGUGACAAAUGUUGUUCACGUGCCUCAUGAUUUUAUGAAAAGUCUGCACAGGAAAUAAAGUGACCCUAAUAAAAUAAAAAUCAAACUUCAUAAAUCCACAACUGAAAAAUGAUCAAACACUAGGCUUUUGUGUACAUUCUCUUAUGCCGAGGUUAAAAUGUGACUGGUGCUGAUGUAUUUCUGCUUAUUCAUGCAAAUAUUUUUCUUUGAUCUGUCAGCUGUUAAAUAAUAAACAUCUAGACAUGA